AUGGGCAUUGCAAAGGUGGAGUCUUUUGUCCUUUUGUUUCCCGCUGGUGCCCAUUCUCGACUUUUUCUUAUCAACUGUUUGAGGCUUUUGAAUUUGAAAGUUUCGCACUCCGAAAUGGCGGUCUUGGAGGUUGAUGAAAUGGAGAAUCAAAAGACAAGGGAUAAAACGUUUGAGAAGUUCACAUGGACUAUUCAGAACUUCUCUAAAUUAUCCUGCGAGGAGCUGUAUUCUGAGAAUUUCUUCAUCUGCGGCCAUUCAUGGCGGAUUAUUAUCUUUCCAAAGGGAAACGAUGUGGACUUCUUGUCAAUUUAUUUGGAUGCUGGGGAUGUUUCUAAGUUGCCUUGUGGUUGGAGAAGAUUUACAGAGUUCAAGUUGGCUUUAAUUAAUCAGGUCAAUGGCAAAAUGACAAUAACUAAAGAUGAUGUACACCACUUCAAUGCAAGAGAGGUUGACUGGGGUUUUCCAUACUUAAUACCUUUAGCUGAACUACAUGAUUCUAGCAAGGGGUUUAUUGUGAAAGAUACUUGUAUAAUCGAAGCUGAGAUUUUUGUCGAUAAGUCAGAAAAUGAGAAACAAGUAGAUAAAGCAGUUACCAAAAUUGAUGUUUCAGCAGAUUCUCCACAAGUUUGUGCUGAGCGUAUUGAGAGUGGCGAUAAUCCUUUACACAAGGAAAUGUACUCGGCCUCAUGUUGUGAGCUCAUAGAUUUCAGGGGUUUAGCAAAAAUAGAAAAAGGUUUUGUUCCACUAUUAGAUGAAGUAUGUUCACGACAUCCCUCACUUGUUGAAUGUCUGCAGAAGAGGACUCGUAAGUUUAUUGAAUGGGCAUUCACAGCUUUGGGUCGAGUUUUGCAUUUUUUGAAGACUAAAAAGGUGAAAGAUAUGAAUGAUGAUGCUUGUAAGCAUCUUCAAAUUUUAUGGGAGGAACUUGAGACAUGUAGGUUUGACUUGACCUGGCUGGAACCACAUGUUCAAUCUGCUUUAGGUACGAAAAGCUAUAUGGAGAGAGCUGCCCUGGUGAAAAAGGGGAAGCUGAAUGUGGAAGCUCUAAAGAUGGAAAAGAAGAGACUGAAGGAAAAGAUGGCUUCUAUUGAGGUAGAUAUUGAAAUCGCUGUAAAAGACUUGGUGGAAGUGGUAGAAAGUUUGGAUGCUGAACUAGGCUAUGGAGAACUCUGA